AAGUGUAGUUCCGUGGUAGGCACAGCCGAGGGCAGUCGGAAGGACAGCAGCGCCUGCGCGGGGCAGGCCUAGUUCCGCAGCGAGAAUGCGCGCGCAGCGCCUUCCUCCGCGGAAGUUUCCUCAGGGCAACUCGGAAGAACACUGUUGAGAUGGAGAUUCCAGCCCAGUGAAUCUGAGGGCCAGACGGUGAUCUCUUAAAGCAUGAACACCUUCUGUCCAGACUGUGGCAAAAGUAUCCAAACAGCGUUCAAAUUCUGCCCCUACUGUGGAAAGCCUUUGUCUACAGAGGAGCCCGAAGGGUCCCAGACCCUUGUCAGACCGCUAGCGUCUUCCAUCCGAGGCUCCAGGAGACAGAAGAACGCUGGGUCUGAACUCUCUCCCAAGAAAGUGAAAUGGUCUGGCUGUGUCACUUCUUCGUCAUCCCUCUUGUCAGACUAUGACAGUUCUGGGUCCAAGGAUACCUUGAGUCCCAAAGGUAUUGAUACCUUGAAGCCCAAAGGGGCCCGGAGCAGAACUCCAACCCCCAAAAGCAGCCCACAGACAACGAGGAGAAGCCCUCAGACACUGAAGCGGAGCCGUGUGACCAUCUCGCUUGAGGCUUUGCCCACAGGGACGGUGCUGACAGACAAGAAUGGACAACACUGGAAGCUGGAAAACUUUCAGAGCAGGGAUGACCAGGGCAUUCUCUAUGAAGCUGAGCCUGUUUCCACCUGCGAGUCAAGUGCCCAGAAACAAAGAUUCUCGCUGAAACUAGAUUCCAAGGAUGGGCGCUUGUUCAAUGAGCAGAACUUCUUCCAGCGGGCUGCCAAGCCUUCGCAAGUGAACAAGUGGAAGAAGCUGUCCUCAACUCCCAUACUGGCCAUCCCCACCUGUAUCGGUUUUGGCAUUCACCAGGAUAGGUACAGAUUUUUGGUGUUCCCCAUGCUGGGGAGGAGCCUUCAGUUGGCCCUGGAUGACAACCCCAAACACGUAAUGCCCAUGCGGUCUGUGUUUCAGAUGGCCUGCCGGCUGCUGGAUGCCCUGGAGUACCUCCAUGAGAAUGAGUAUGUUCAUGGAAAUGUGACAGCUGAGAAUAUCUUUGUGAAUCCACGGGACCUGAGCCAGGUGACCCUGGCAGGCUAUGGCUUUGCCUUCCGCUAUGCCCCAGGUGGCAAACACGUGGCCUACAAGGAAGGCAGCAGGAGCCCACAUGAGGGGGACCUGGAGUUCAUUAGCAUGGACCUGCAUAGGGGAUGCGGGCCCUCCCGCCGCAGCGACCUCCAGACCUUGGGCUAUUGUUUGCUGAAGUGGCUCUAUGGGGCCCUGCCGUGGACAAAAUGCCUUCCCAACACUGAGGAUAUCAUGAAGCUGAAACAGAAGUUCCUUGACAACCCGGAGGCUCUUGUGGGACAGUGCAGUCACUGGAUGAGGCCCUCAGAGACUCUGCAGGAGUACCUGAAGGUGGUGAUGGCCCUCCAGUACGACGACAAGCCGCCCUACGCCAUGCUGAGGAAGAGUCUGGAAGUCCUGUUGCGGGACCUGCAGGUGUCUGCCUAUGACCCCAUAGACCUCCAGAUGGCGCCAUAGAACUUUCAACUCCCAGUUCGAAGUAGGAAAAAAAAGGGAAGAAAUGUGAUAAGCUUCUAGAAAGACCCCUCAAACGUGCAUUCCUGUGACUUCUUUAGGCGAUGCUACUAUCUGUCCAGAUUAGCAUCAGGGAGCCCAGCAGUUAAGCUCCAGGUAAUGUGAACGACCUCCUUUCGAGGUCGUCCCUUCCUCACAGCCAUCGUCUCCCAGCAGCCACUGGGUUAUGAACAGAGAAGACCCCCCUCAUGGACAGGGUUGAGCUGCUCCCCUCAGGGGGACCCUUCCUAGCAAUUGGAACCACUGUGCUUUGUAAUAAAUUGUUUCAUUGGA